AUGUAUUUACAGACUUGCGCUGCCCUCUCAGUGGCAGAGCUCUCUGCUCUCAAGCUCAUGCAUGGAGUCUCAUCUACAUGCGAUAUUGUUUACUCCUUUCUCGUCUUAUUCUGCCUUCAGUAUCUUUCGAUCAACCUGUACUACACCUGCAUCUACCCAUUCUUCGUCUCUCCCUUGCGCAAGAUACCAGGACCAAAAGACCACCACCCUCUUAUUGGUCAAACCCUCAACCAAUUCCGCGCAAACGGACCCUAUGAGUUGUAUCUCUCAUGGAGUCGCAAGUGGCCAGCCGCGCCAUUCAUCCGGUACAUAUCCUUCGGAAAUACUGAGACACUUUUGGUAAAUAGCUUGAGAGCACAUCAAGAAGUGUUGUCGACGAAAUGCUACUCGUUCGUAAAGCCGCCCUUCUUCGCAAGGAUCGUGGGUGAGGUGACAGGAAUGGGCCUGGUGUUUGCAGAGGGUGAAGAACACAGGAUACAAAGAAAAUUGUUGAACGGUAUAUUUUCAACGUCUAACGUUAAGAAACUUUUGCCGGUCGUACAGUUGCAUGGUAGAUGCCUCACAAAGACUAUUGACCAGCGUAUCGGCUGUGACGUGUCUGCGGUGGUUGAGGUUGUAUCUUUGUUCUCGAAAGCAACCCUCGAUAUCAUUGGCCUCAUCACCUUGGGCAAAGAGCUCGACAGCCUUAACGCGAAGCCAUCAUUCCACGAAUGCUACGAUCUCAUCUUCAACCAAUCGCCACUUAGCUCCGGUCUCACCGCAGUCAACACGUAUAUUCCCCUGCGAAGUUGGCUUCCACUCGAAGCGAAUAGAUCUUUCGUCGCGGCGAAUAAUGAGGUCAAACGCAUCUUACGACAGCAGAUCCGAUUACGGCAAAUCGAAACGGCCACUAGUAAAAGUGCAACAAAGAAUCCCUCUCUGCCAAUCAGCCGCGAUAUCCUUACGUACUUGCUUGAAGCGCCACCUUCCCCCCAGCAGCAAUGGACUGAAGAUGAGCUACUUGGAUAUCUUCGGAAUGAAAUCAUGACCCUACCAAGACACGGUGACCCCGAUUACACUCAAAUUGAAGGGCUUCGCUAUCUCAACAACUUCUGCCGCGAAGUUCUACGCGUAUAUGCUCCCGCCGUCAUGAUCUGGCGUCAAGCAGCGCACUCCGUGGUAAUUGAAAAUACAUAUAUUCCCGCGGGUACCAACGUCAUUAUCUCGCCCCAAGUACCCCAGUUCCACCCACAUAUUUGGGGCUCUUCCGCCGCAAAUUUCGAACCAGACCGUUGGGACUCGCUCUCGUCCGAAUCGGCUUCCCCUUAUGCUUUCCAGGCCUUUAGUAGCGGGCCCCGAGUGUGUAUCGGAAAAGGGCUGGCGAUGCUAGAGUUCAAGGCAAUUCUAGUGGAGAUUGUUAGGAAAUAUGAAUUUGAGGCAGUGGAAGGAACGCUGGUGCUGGAGAACUAUUUGACAUUGAGACCGAGAGGCGGCUUGAGGGUGAAGUUUAAAGUCGCCGGAGAAGGAAAGAUGAAGCGUAAAGGCUAG